AUGGUGCUCUCCGAUCUCGGCAGGCGCAUCAACAGCGCCUUUCAAGACCUCUCCAAAGUGCCUACCGUCGAUGCUGCCUCGAUCGAUCAACUCCUCAAAUCCGUCUGCAACGCGCUCAUCGAAGCGGAUGUCAACGUCAAGCUUGUCGCCAACCUCCGUUCUCAAGUCAAAUCUCAAGUCACUGCUCUGCUCAACGACAAAACAAACGCCAAUUGGUCCGAUGCACAGCGUCGUCAGCGUGUUCAAAAAGCUGUCUUUGACCAUCUCGUCGCCCUCGUCGACCCGCUCCAUGGCCAGACCAAAACCGACGACGACUCAGGUGCUGUUGUCGCUUCCGCAAAUGCCGGUCCAGGCGAUAUUUUCAAGCCAAAGAAGGGCAAACCGAACGUCAUCAUGUUCGUAGGUCUUCAAGGUUCUGGUAAGACAACUUCGUGUACGAAGCUGGCGCUCUACUAUCAGAAGCGUGGUUUCAAGACGGGUCUUGUCUGCGCAGAUACCUUUCGUGCCGGCGCCUUUGAUCAACUCAAGCAAAAUGCUAGCAAGAUCAACGUCCCCUUCUACGGAAGUUACACCGAAACCGAUCCCGUCGCCAUCUCGGCCGCUGGUGUCGCUAGCUUCAAACAGAACCGUUUCGAAGUCAUCAUCGUCGACACCUCGGGUCGUCACAAGCAGGAGCAAGAGCUGUUUGACGAAAUGCGAGAGAUCGACACUGCCGUCACUCCGGAUCUCACCAUUAUGGUGCUCGACGCCAACAUCGGUCAAGCGGCUGAAGCGCAAUCCCGCGCGUUCAAGCAAGCCGCCGGGUACGGUGCCAUCAUCGUCACCAAGCUCGACGGCCACGCCAAAGGUGGUGGUGCCAUCUCGGCCGUCGCCGCUACCAAAACACCCAUCAUGUUUAUCGGUACCGGUGAACAUGCUGCCGACUUGGAACCUUUCCGUGCUCAACCGUUCAUCUCCAAGCUACUCGGAAUGGGCGAUAUCAGCGGGCUGAUGGACAAGAUGGAAGAGAUGCAAAUGAACGGUGGCCAGGAACGUCAACAAGAGAUGCUCAAGAAGAUCGGUCAAGGUGGUAUCUUUAGCAUUCGCGAUUGGAGGGAGCAGCUCUCCAACAUCAUGGGCAUGGGUCCGUUGAGCAAGAUUGCAGGCAUGAUUCCAGGGAUGGGGCAGAUGCUGAGUGGCGCGGGUGGCGAUGAUGAGGCUGCCGGGAGCAAAAUGAAACGUAUGAUGUUUAUCACGGAUGCUAUGACGGCGGAGGAGCUCGAUAGCGAUGGGAGAAUGUUUUACGCUCCGAUUCGAUCCAAGAAGCCGCCCGCCGAUACAAAGCAAGUCGCUGUUGCCGAGAGCUCUACCGCCGCUGCAAAGAGCAAGAAGAAGAAGAAGCCUCAGUCCAAGGUUCGCAUGACCGCGCGCGCUCGUCGCGUAGCUCGUGGCUCCGGAACCUCGGUGAAAGAAGUCGAAGAGUUCCUCAUGCAGUACCGAAUGGUGGCCAACAUGUGCAAGCGCGUGGGCAAGGCGGGUCUGUUCAAGCAGAUGCAAGGUGGUGCGGGUGGCAAAGGCAAGAUGCCAACGCCAGGCAUGCUGCCUCCUGGCAUGUCGCGCGAGCAGGUCAUGCAGAUGCAGAACGCGCUACCGCCCGAGAUCAAAGCGCAACUACGCCAACCCGGAGGCCGCGAAAAGCUUUUGCAACAGAUCCAGUCCGGAAACAUGCCAGAAGGUCUAGCCGCUCUCGGCGGAGGCGGUCUCGGUGGCCUCGGCGCUCUCGCAAACAUGAUGGGCGGCACCGGCGCAGGCGGUAUGCCAGACAUGUCUCAACUCGCAAGCAUGAUGCACGGCAUGGGCGGCGCCGGCAUGGGCGGCAUGAUGAACAUGAUGAAAAACAUGAUGCAAGGCGCCACCCCAAGCCCUCCACCACGUUAA